GAUAACACGCCGCGGGUUGCAUGAGGGACAGAGAAGCAAAAAUCUAACCACCCUCCUUCCCUUGCUACAGCUGUUUCCCGUAGACGACCAUUCCCUUUGUGAAAAUAAUAAGGGGGUGGAUCUGCCUGCAAAAUAAUUAUGAGCCACAGCAUGCUAGUUUAUCUGAGUAAGAAGAUUGCUAUCCCUAAUGACUCUGCCCUGGCAACCAUCUCAUGGCACAGUAGCAAGGGUUGGAUAGCGUGUGGUGGGGAGGAUGGACUACUCAAGGUACUACAACUGGAGACACUGGCCUCCAAGGAUGCUAAACUCAAGGGUCUUGCUGCCCCUAGUAACCUCUCCAUGAACCAAACCCUCGAGGGACACAACGUUGAGGCUGUGAAUGGCACAGGGGGGCGGGUCUUUGUGACGAUGAGAACAGUAACCCCCCCGCAGAGGCCCAGUUGACAUUGGCAGCCCCCCAGAGGAGAGGAUACCACCAGUUCAGGGGGUGUUGAGAUAGAGGCUGAACACAAUCACAACAAUCCACCAGUUAUCAUGACGACAUGAGACUCAGAGUGACUCUUAGAUAUUGUGUGCAUAUAUAGUGGUUUAGCCGUUUGUGUGUAAAAAAAUAAUUACUACAAGUCAUGUAUACUACAGCUGAUC